CGUUGGCCAGGCAGCAGGUCCUCUCAGCGGCUCCUGAAGAAUUCGCGUGAGCGUCGCAAACCUUCGAAUCCUUCGUGGCCGGCUUGCGAAUCGUAGUACUCUACGCGUAAUAUCGUUAUAAGAAACUGAGCCACACAGAGCCGGUUGGACUGUGUGUGGUUUUAUUUUUUUUUUGGCAGUGUAUUUUUUGGAAUCUUUGGCAUUGUGGGGUAGGAGAACCCACAUCUAAGUCUGCGUCCUGUACAGUUGCAAAUUCCCCGGCGAGCCGCGUGUCAUUUCCGCUUCCGUGUGCGUGCAAUUAGUGGGCGGCAUGGCGGCACCGAGCCGCCGAUACCGCAAAUGCUCCAAGACAAUGUCGCUGGUGGCACUGCUUUUGGGUCUCUCGGUGGCCCUGGCAGCCGGAAAUGACGCCAUUUCCGCACCACCGAAAGCGGGAAAGGAUCUGCAGCAGCGGCGGCAGCCGGACAUCGAAGAUGAUGGCGGAGCGCGACCAGAAAAGGACUUUGAUUUCGCCGCCUAUGUGAAUGAUUUCAAUUUGCAAGAAGAGGCCUCCAUUCCGGAGGACAUAUUUGACCAGCACGACGGCGACAUUGGGGAUGAGGACGCCGACUCGGCCCACAUUCAAUAUGCUCCAUCUGCUGCAGCUGCCAUCGGCGAGGAGGAAGAUGCCGCCGCCGCCGAAGAUGACGAGGAUGUGGGGCUGAUGGAGGAGGACGAGGAUGCAUCCGAGGCAGCUGAUAUCGUACUUGAAUCUCAAAGGCCCACUUCAAGGAAUUUCAGUGUUUACCUGGACGCUGAGAAAUACCAAAAUAACAAAAACCAGAAGCGUUCCAAGGAGAAGAAGAACAAUAUAAGCCACUACAACUACAAAUUGAAAAACAAUAAAGAGAACCGAAGGCUACCGAAGGAAGCUACUGCCGCUGCUGCUGCUUCUGGAAAAUCGGAAAAGAUGGAAACGCUUGUUCUCGGUGGCGGCGGGAAAUCCAAAUUCACUUCCGGCGAGGAGGACGACAACGCGAACUUUGGCAGGCAAAGUUUUUCGCAUAAAAAAUUAAAGAACAUGCACGAACAGCAACAAAGUCAACAGGAAAAGGAGAGAAAGCGGGGCGAUGAUGGUGAUUUACUAGGGGAAUACCCGCCAUCCCAGCUGUUUGAUGCUAUUGAAAUAUUAAAUGAACGAAAAUUUAAUAAGCCAUCGGUGGAAUCAAUGGACAAGUUACCGAAGAAGGAGCAGGAAAAGUCCAGACAGGUGGAUGAGGCCAUUGGUGAUAUCGAGGACAAUUUGGAUAAUGAUGAAGCAUUGCCCAACGAAAACGAGAACGAAAACGAAAACGACGAGGUCGAUGAAGAAGGCGACGACGAGGACAUUAAGUCGGCCAUUGACAAUGAUGAAUUGGCCAAAAAAUACCCAGUAGCCACAUCAGCAACCACCAAGGUCCCAAUCCCCACCACUUUGGCCACAACAGAAACCACUAGUAGCAGCAGCAGCAGCACCACCACAACAACAACACCAUCAACAUCAACCACUCCGACAACAGCAACACCAAGAACAUUGCCAACAAUUGGCCGCAAACUGAAGAGAAAUUUCCUUGGUCCAUCCCAGCCGGAAACCAGAUACUAUGGCAGCUAUGAUAUCGGAAGGAUUCGGGCAUCGGCGGUCCAAGAAGAGGAUGACAAUGAUGAUGAGGAAGAGGAGGAGAAUGAGCAGCAGGAUGUGGGCGAGUUGCACUACUAUGACACCAACAGCAAUCCCAGAAAGUUGGUCACUUUCGAUCCGGAAAAAAACGAGGAGAAUUACUUGGCCACUGAGAAGAAGCAACAGCAACAGCAGCAGCUGCAACAUGUUGUUGCACCGCAGCAACAUGCAACACGUUACGUGGACGAUGACUAUGCCGAACAGCAGCCGCCGGCGGAAAAGUCCAAGCCGGAAAAUCCCUGGGAGAAAUCCGCUGAAAAGCUGGAGGAGGAACAGGACCAGGAGCAACUGGAGGACGGCAAACUGGAAUCUGAUUCGGAAUCUGCAUUGCAGCGAUAUCAUGAGGCCACGCCCUCUGUCACCGCCUCCCCCUCGUCGGCCUUUGAGCGCUUUAAGGCGCUGCGAAGGAGUCGCCAGAGGACGGGGCACAAGAGCCACAAGAAGCGGUACAAGGACUACCUGAAGAGGCAUCCGAAGAUGGAAGCGACCGAGCCGCCGCCGGUGGAAAUCAAUAACCCAGCACCCACCAUCUCAGCCAGACACCUUCAAAAGUUGCAGAAGGAGCGGGAACGAUCCACGCACUCGGCACCGAUCUUUGCCCUGGGAUUGCGACCCCAGCGACCUUUGCCCGCCACUGGCAAGCCCUUCUACGAGGGUCAGGUCAACUACUACGACAACCAGCCCCCGUUGGAUGUGGAUCUCAAGCACCACACGGAAAUGGAGCGCCUGAUUGCCCACGAUAAUGGCAAUUGGUAUCGUCGCAUCAGUCCGGUUCUGAGGAAUGGCAUCAAGAGUGACCCGCCGCUGAAGGAGCACCACCACAGGGAUGGUCACCUGGGUCAACUGGGUCACCUGGGUCACCAGCAGCAGCAGCAGCAGCAUCCGCAUCAGCAGCACCACCACCACCACCAUCAUCAUCAUCAUCACCAGAGUCACAAUCACCAUCACCACAAGUCCACACAUCUGAGACCUCGACCCAGCAAUCCCUAUCAGAGGAAGGCUCCUGCGAUGGGCAGUCCACCAGUAGUGGCAGCAGCAGCAGUACCACCACCACCGCCACCACCACCCACUCCACCAUUGCCACCGCCGAAACCCCAGCUGGGCCAUCAGAUCACCGAGCUGGAGCAUCUCGAGCGUUACUACGCCAAGUGGCCCCAUCUAGCCAGGGUGCAGUUCCAGGUCUACGAUGAGCACUACCGCGAAUCGCAUCCCGAACUGUAUGCCGACUACGAGGACGACUACGAGAGUGCCGCCGAGCUGGAGGAGGCCCAGCAGGAGCGCGGCGAGGAGGCCAACCUGCCGCCCUACAUCAAGAAGUACAACAGGCGAAACAAGCAACUGCUCAAUCUUCUCGAGGGCACCCUGCCCACACCCACCAUGAAUCCCGGCCAGAAUUCUCUGGGCAGCACCGAAAGUAUACGGCUGGAUGAUGAGUAUCUCAAGGAGAAGAGGCGUCGCUACCAUCAGCAUCAGCGUUUCGAGGAUUUGUUUGCCCAGCAAAGGAGUCGUUUUAGUAGUACGGCUGCCCCGCCAAAAGCGGAGGUUACCCCGGCCCAAAAGGAUCCAUAUCCAGAUCCAGUUCCAGUGACUUCGACAUCGCCACCGCCCAGCAAUCAGUUGCCCGAGGAAGAUGCCCCUGUGGCCUCUGGCGAGAUGGCUUCCGGCGAUCCUGCACCCGAAACCCUCGACUUUUGGCAACGCGAAAUGGCCAGGAAGGUGGGCGGUUCAGCCGCAUCCGCAUCCACAUCAACCACGCCGAAGCCAGCGCUCUACAAGCUACCAUCCUAUCCAGCCAUCGCGGGCAGCUUUCUGGGCACACCGCGCAGUCGCAGCCGGAGUGCACAGUUUGUGGCCAAUGUGGCUGGAAGGGGUCAAAGUAGUUGGCCCCGUUUGGAGACGGGUAAUUCCACGGAGAAGCCAGCCGGCGGGGGAAGCACCGCCGAAGGGGGCGGAGGUGGAUCAGGUGGAUCGGGAGGAUCAGGAGGAGGAACCUCCGGAGCUGGAGGUGGUCGGGGAGAUCCCUCGCCCCUCAACUCCUUUGUCUACCAUCGCGUGAUCGAUGGCAUCGGCCUGGGCGGAGGAGCAAGUGCAUCCGGCCUGGGCAGCAGUAGAGGCAAGCAGUCCCGUCUGCCAUUCGUGGCCAUCACGGAUCGACGGCUGGAGAAAUCGCUGGCGGAGCGACACAAAGACUUUGAGCAGAAUCACUUUCCGAUGCCUUAAGCCGCGAAUUUGUGCAGCAGUGGAAAAGCUGGAAAAGCUGAAAAUGGAGAAGUAGCAGAAGAGCAAGGGUAAAGGAAAAUUAACGAUGAGUUGGUAGCAACGGGUGGCAAGGGGAUUUGUCGGGAAUAUAUAUUUAAAAAAAAAAAUUGAAGAACUAACAAAAGUCCAUGUGAAACCAAGUCAAAGAGCUUCUUAAAUAAUGCUCUUGAAAAUUUUUACAAACUUAGUUUGAAACAUUUUCCAAAAAAAAUAAAGAUUGGAUUAAAAUCCUAUUACAAAAGUGUUUUAAGCAUUUUACACUUAAAAAUAUAUACAUGGUCAAUUUGGAAAAUAAAACCUGUUAAAUUGACAAUAGAAUACUGAAACAAUAAUAAUCCAACGUAUUUUUGAUUGCAUCUUAAGGGAAAAAAAAAUUAUUAAAAUUUGUCUAUACUUUAAAAAUUGAGUUGUCAACUUUCGACUGAUAUUAUAAAAGGUAUGAAGAAAAACUUUCCUAAAUUUUUUUUUUUUUUUUUUUAUGAAACCUUUUAGACAAUUUUCGAGCCACAAUAAACCGAUGCCAGCCAGAUUCUUACCCCUUUUCAACAGAUAUAUUUGUAAAAUUCCCAUUCCCCUUUCCAGACAUGUUACCAACUCAAAAUCUAAACAUAAUUCUAGUACUAUAUUAUAGUCGCCGCUUUCGGAUGUAUUAUUUUUGGUCUUUUAUGUUCUUCAAGGGACGAAAAAGGAAGCGAAUCUAAGGAUAUAGAGAUAAUUGUCGAAAACGAUUUUUUUUGUGUGGUGAAUAUAUAAAAAACAUUCAACGAUAAACGUUAGAAAAAGUAAAUGAUAAAAUAAAGAAAAAAAGCAAAAAAAAAAAAAAAAAAUGAAAAUGUAAAACUAAAGUUAAGCGAAAGUAUUUUUUUUGUGUAUAAAUAGCGAAAAACACCUGUAGACACACACACAAACACAUACAUAUAUACGAGAACACACACACAGUCACUCAAAGAGCUGUUAGGAAUCAAAAAGUGAUAACCGAAAAAAAUAUGUUGAUUUUGCGCCUUGGUUUCGAUUGGAUUUCAUUUAGUUUUAGAAGGCAUUGCUUCUGAGUGUAAAGUAGCUGAAUAUUAGAAGAAAUUGUUAAAAAAAAAGAGCCUCUCCAAUAGUGCCGCCAGCAAAAAAAAAGGUUAACCAGGCAGAAAAGACAGAAAAUAUGUUUAAUUUUAAAAUUUUUUAUUAUUCUACCUAUUAUUAUUAUAUUUUUUGCUGGACCCCAAGCUAUAUUUAAGUAUUUUUUUUUUACAAAAUUAAAGGAAAAAUCUUUUGGAAUAAAGAAAAAAAAUGGCAGCACUAUUCUCCACGCACAAACACAUGAAAGCUUUCCUCGUCGCCCUUGCACGCAAAAUCCAUCGAAAUAGGUUUCAAAAUUAAACGAAAAACAAUGAAAACAAAGUUAAGGAAAAACGAAAUUGAGCAGAAGACGACGGAGAACAAUGUUGCACAAAACUUAAAAAUUAUUCAAUUAGCCAGAACAAAGCAAAGAAUAAGUUUUAGUGGUUAAAGAAAAGCAAACGAACAGAAACCAAUGUUUAAAAAAAAAACAACAUAUCAAGACGAAAGAAAGACAAUUAUAGAUGUUAAAAUGUUUGCUUCGGACUGGAAGUUAGGAAAAUUGAAUAUUGGGAAAUUUAAGUUUAUAAUUUAGAUUUUAUUUCGUUAAACCAAAGUGUUUAAGCAUUAUAUUUUGGAAAAUUAAAGAAUAUUUUUAGAGGCACUUUCUGGUGAAUUAAAAAAUUACUAACCUUAAACCAUAGACAUUUCAAAACUUUUAUUUUAAAUUGUACAACAUUUUCAAAAUUUCCCACAAUUUUAAGGUUUUGACAGUCUGAAGCGAAUAUUACACACACAAAGUUGAUUCAUACAGACAACAUUAAAAAGGGCAAUGAAAGUGCAACACGGAGAGGAUGAAAAACUCUGGAAAAUUCCCUCAAAAAUAAGUCGAAAACUUAAGAAAUGAAAAAUACUUUGUGUAGAAAAAUAAAAGAAAGCAGAACAAAAACAAAAAAAAUGCAUUCCCGCAGCUUAAGCCGAAUUACGAGUUUAUACACACGCACACUGACACAAAGUAUGUGAGCGGAAAUGAAAAUUUCAUAAGCAAGACGGAUAAAGCGGAAGUGAAAGAGAAGGGGAGCGAAUGCAAUGCGGUGUAAUUAACAUAUCAAAAGCGAAACGUGAAGGGGAUAAAAUGGCAAAAGCGCCAGGCAAUUAAAACUAAGCGCAGUGGCAAAAAUAUUUCUCAAACUGGAUUCAUAAAAAGUAAUUUCUUCAUCUUUUUUUUUGAUUUGAUUUGAUAAAAAAGCUUCUUAGUGGCCUAACUUUAAAAUUUAAAAUGUAAACUCUUUAAGUUGAAGUGAAAACGAGAUCAGAAAUGUUCGCUGUUUGUUUGUUGUACAAUUUAAUUGGAAUUUGAGUUGAAAUAAAAAAAAAACAGGAAACAGGCAGUCGAAAUGGAAAGACCUUCAAAGGUAUCAGCGUAUUAAAAAAAAAAAAAUGAAAGACACAACACGGAAAACAACCCAACACAUACAUGUAUACACAUCUCAUUAUGUGGUAACAUUUUAAUGGAAUGAAAUUCAAUAAAGCAACAAUUUAUUAUUUA